AUGCUCAAGAAGGUGAAUCCUACGAACAAGAUUCUUGUAAAGUAUUUGCAGACGGUGAACCCUGAUGUUGAAACUGGGGUGUUACUUGAAAUCGAAGCUGGCUCUUCCAAGCCAUCAAAGAAAACGAAGUCUAAUAAAUCUUCGCCCAAGAAAGUUGAGGGUGAUGAGAAGAAGAAAGUAGAAGAGAAUGAAGCUCAGCCUUUGAAAGAAGUUGUUCCUUCAAAAUCAGGAAUUCUUAAAUGGAUUCGUAUGAAAUCAUCUAAACGAACUUCGUCUGAUGACUCUCUGAUGGUUCAUAAGACUCAGGUUAGCAGUAAAGGAGUGGUAGUUCAUGAAAUACCUGCUCCUGUUUCACCAUUAUCCAAAAAGAGACGUGCUCAUGAUGUUGCGAAGCACAUCACACAAAAACGGUACAAGCGAAAGCUUGUAAUAAGAGAUGAUUCCUCAGAAAACGAAGUUGUUCCUGAUACUCCUAUUGCUUCGACUUCUAUGGUAACCUCAACACCUAUAAUCUCUUCAAUUUCGAAUGUUUCUAUCAUUUCUCCUACUCCAACCAUUCCACUCAAAGAAAUUGGUAACCAAGUCUUCACAACCUAUUAUUCUCUCUUCUUCAUUACCACCUAUUACUUCAACUUCAUUUGUUUCCUUACCACCACCCAUCUCAACUUCUACAUCAUCUCCUCUGUUUGA